AUGUCACUAUUCUACUUAGUAUAUGGACAAGAAAUGCGAUUACUAUUACAUCCAAGCAUCUCUGAUACUAUAUUGGAAGGAACGAUUCUCCAAAAGAUUUUCAAGCUUGUGGAUCACCUACCCACCCUAAACAUGAAAUAUGGCAGAGAUAAGGUAUUACUAUACCGAGCAGCUCUUGAAUAUUCGAGAAGUAACAAGUUUGAUUCUAAAUGA